AUGGAGUCCAUGUUCAGACCGCCAAAACCGUUGAGUUUGGAUGGAAAUGUUGCGGAGAAUUGGAAACUCUUCGAACAAAAAUUUGACAACUUUCUAACUGUAACGGAGCUCUCGAAAAAAGAUGAAGAAACUAAAGUUGCUGUUUUCCUUAACCUAAUUGGAGAUGAUGGCUUGGAAUUAUUCAACACCUUUGAUUUGACGAAUAAUCAAAAGAAGUCAUUACAAUGUGUUAAGCAGAGAUUUGAAGCACACUGUUCACCCAAGAAAAAUGUUAUAUUUGAGAGAUUUGUUUUCAACAGUAUCACCCAGAAAGAAGGACAGUUAUUUGACUCAUUUUUGACUGAACUUCGAAAAGCUGUCAAGUCCACUGGAUAUAAGGACAAGGAUGACAUGGUAAGAGACAGAAUUGUCAUGGGUAUAUUCAGUAAAGACACUCAGGAGAAACUACUCAGAGUAUCUGAUUUAACAUUGGAGAUGACCAUAAACCAUUGUAGAGCCUACGAAGUAAGUAAGACUCAGUCCAAAGCUUUGCAAAGUGAAGUCUCAGUGAAUGAACUGAGAAGAAAAAAUAAAUAUGGCAAAAAAGAGUCUAACUUCACGUGCAAGUACUGUGGCACUAACCAUAUGAAAGGUAAAUGUCCAGCUUAUGGAAAGAAAUGUAAAAAAUGUCAGCGACUUCAUCACUUCGCGACAGUCUGCCAAUCCAAAGGAAACAAGGAAGCACGGGAUGACAAGAAGAAAAAUGUACAUGAGGUGGCCCAGGAAGAAGGUUCUGAAAGCGAGGGAGACCAGUUUUUUGUGAGCGCGGUUUCAAAGCAAAUCGGUGUUGUGAACAAAAUGGAAAAAUCAGUUGGUGAAUCAAUGUAG